AUGUGGCACUUAUGUAUCAAAAAGGAAGAUGGAGGCAUAUUUCUGAGGUUGAAGCUAUCUUAUGUCUUUCAAGGACUUACUUUAGCAAAAGAUGUUCUUAAAGUACUAGAAGAUGGAGAUCCACAAAUGCUUGGCAUGCUGGGUACUGACAAGAGAUUGGCACAUUCCUUCAUUGCUCAUCCGAAAGCGAGAUGUUUACCUUUGGCUAUUCACAUACCACCAUAUAUUACAUAUAGAGUUAUUUCAAAAGAUGGUUUCAUGCAUGAUCCAAAACCGAUAACACUACCUGAGCCCAUCAUGAUGCAUGACUUCGCCAUUAUUGAAAACUAUGUGAUUUUCAUGGAUCUUCCUUUGUACUUCAGACCCAAGAACAAGCUGAUAGGACAUCCCAUCUGA